AUGGUGAAGUCUUAUCUAAAGUAUGAGUAUUCCAAUACCUUUGGCCUCAUAACGUCUGCUUCUUCCAACGCUGUCUGGUGUGAGGACGAAAAUGUUCAUACUGCAGCGCUACGUUCCUCGGGUGCAGGAAGAGCCAUUGUGGGCGCCGAUGAGGAGGUACUAUGUUGGGACCUGAAGAAGGGGGAGCUCCUGGGAAGGUGGAAAGAUAGUAGUUGCAGCGCAGAGGUCACAGUUAUAGCCCGCAGUAACGCCGAUCCAGAGAUUUACGCUGUAGGGUAUGGAGAUGGAAGCAUAAGAGUAUGGGACUCCAGAAUAGCUACGGUCAUAAUAGGCUUCAACGGUCACAAGUCUGCCGUCACUGCAUUGGCCUUCGACAAAGAAGGCGUUCGCCUUGCCAGUGGUGCAAAAGAUACGGACACCAUCGUAUGGGAUCUAGUUGCCGAGGUUGGACUUUUCAAACUUCGAGGACACAAGGACCAAAUCACAGGCCUUCAUUACCUUUAUACAAGUCAUCGACAUUCGACCGUGAACGGCGACACAAAUGGCAACGGAGUACAUACCGACAGCUAUAACGGAGACGAUGAGAAGCACGCAGGCUUCCUGAUAUCUACCAGCAAAGAUGCGCUCAUCAAGCUUUGGGACAUCGAAUCGCAGCAUUGUAUAGAAACGCAUGUUGCUCAGACUAAUGGCGAGUGCUGGUCAAUGGGAGUAUCGGCUGAUCAAUCAGGUGCCAUCACAGCAGGAAACGAUGGCGAGCUAAAAGUCUGGUCAAUAGACCUGGUAGGUCUGAGCGAGGCCGCCAGUGAAGUUUCCGAAAGCUCUCCAAAGACCUUUCUUAAAGAAAGAGGCAUCCUGUACAGACAAGGCAAAGACCGCACCCUAGGCGUGAGCUUUCAUCCGCGCGGCAGCUAUAUUGCAGCACAUGGCUCCGAAAAAGCUGUAGAGCUUUGGAGAAUCCGGAGCGAGAGCGAAGUACAGAAAACCUUGGCAAGGAAGAGGAAGAGACGAAAGGAGAAAGCCGUGGCUGCAGCAAGUCAAGACACCAAAGGAAUUGAUGAGCUAAUGGACAGCGAAAAGCAAUCCGAAGACCUGUCAUCAGCACUCAUAACGGACGUCAUCGUUCCCUAUGUUAUAGUCCGAACCGCUGGUAAGGUCCGGUCAUUCAGUUGGGCUGGCCGAAGAUCAGGUACAAGUCUCCAUCUACUGGCGGCGACUACGAACAAUCAGCUGGAACUCUACAACGUGACGACGAGGCAAAAGGAAAAGCAUUCUAAAGCUGAUGAGCCACCGGACUAUACUCGGCCUUUCUCUGUCGAUAUGCCGGGACAUCGCACAGAUGUGCGAUCUUUAGCUCUCAGCUCUGACGACAGGAUGCUGGCGUCUGCAAGUAAUGGUAGCUUGAAACUAUGGAACAUACGCACACAAAGCUGCAUUCGAACACUCGAUUGUGGCUACGCGCUUUGUGCCACUUUUCUACCCGGAGACAAGAUUGUGAUUGUCGGCAAUCGGAAUGGGGAGCUAGAGAUCUUUGACAUAGCUUCGUCUACGCUAAUAGACACUGUCAAGGCCCACGAGGGACCUGUGUGGACACUACAUGUGCACCCGGAUGGCAGAUCUAUGGCUACUGGCAGUGCUGACAAGUCCGCCAAAUUCUUCAACUUCGAGGUCGUCCAGGAGGAAAUACCUGGGACAAAACGCUCAACGCCUCGCUUUAAGCUCGCCCAUACCCGUACCCUCAAAGUCGCCGACGACAUACUCAGUUUGCGCUUCUCUCCCGACUCACGGCUCCUUGCUCUCUCGCUCCUUGACAACACUGUCAAAGUCUUCUUCGUCGACUCAUUGAAACUCUUCCUCAAUUUGUAUGGCCACAAGCUGCCCGUACUAAGCAUGGACAUCUCUUACGACAGCAAGCUGAUAGUUACCUGCUCAGCCGACAAGAACGUACGGCUCUGGGGUCUAGACUUCGGCGAUUGCCAUAAGGCGUUCUUUGCACACCAAGACAGUAUCAUGCAAGUGGCAUUCGUUCCUCACAACCAAGACGGCAAUGGUCAUCACUUCUUUAGUGCAAGCAAAGACAAUAUCAUCAAAUACUGGGACGGUGACAAAUUCGAACAAAUACAAAAACUUGAAGGUCAUCACGGAGAGAUCUGGGCAUUAGCCGUGAGCCGAACGGGAGAGUUCCUCGUCAGCGCAAGUCAUGACAAAAGUAUCCGAACCUGGAAUCAGACCGACGAGCAGAUAUUUCUGGAGGAAGAGCGAGAAAAGGAAUUGGAGGAGCUCUACGAAAGCACACUCACUACUUCCCUCGAGCAAGAAGAAGAAGCCGGCGAUGAGAAAAGCGAAGCCGUUACUGCUGGCAAGCAGACCGUUGAAACGCUCAUGGCGGGCGAGAAGAUUGCCGAAGCACUUGAAGUCGGCAUCACAGAUCUGGCUAUCAUGAAUGAGUAUCAUCGAGCCAAGGCGACGCAGCCGAAUCUAGCACUACCACAGCGCGAUCCCAUCUUCCUAGCUUACAACCAAAUCUCCGCCGAAUCGCAUCUCCUCAACGUUAUCCAAAAGAUCAAAGCUGCCGCCCUCCAAGACGCUCUCCUAGUCCUCCCUUUUGAUAAAGUCGUCUCCCUCUUCACCUUCCUGCGCAUCUGGGCUGAGAGGCAGUGGAACAUGCCAUUGACCUGCCGUAUCCUGUUUUUCAUGCUUAAGACGCAUCAUAAGCAGCUCGUGGCAAGCAAAUCGCUGAAAGUGAUGUUGGAUGGGAUCCGCGAGCAAUUGAGAGGAGCGUUACAGGCGCAGAAGGAUGAGAUGGGAUUUAAUCUUGCGGCGUUGCGGUUUGUAGGAAGAAGAAUGGGAGAGAUGGGUCAAAAGCAGUAUGUGGAUGAGAAAGUCUGGGAGGAAGAAGAGGUGAUUGGUAAGGGGAGGAAGAAGAGGGGAUUUAUUGAUGUAGCUUGA